GAGUGGCUUUCAGAUAGUAAGAAAGAGAUACUUUAAGGAAUGGAGUUGGCUCACAGCUUACUACUUAAUGAAGACAUCUACAGCCAGUUGGGUGAAGUUCAGAAGGCAGAGUUUAUUUUUGAGUGGCUGAGGUACUUGGAAAAACUUCUACCAGCUACAAGUCGGGCUGAUAUAAGGGAAAAACAGAACAAACUGAUUGAACAACUGACAUCUUUAUUAACCAGCUCACCAGGACCUCCUGCUAGACAGCUCAUUGCCAAGAACCUUACUAUAAUUUAUAGCUCUGGCGACACCUUUUCUGUUCAUCAGACAAUUGACAAAUGUAAUGAGCUUAUUCGCAGUAAAGAUGAUUCACCAAGCUAUCUACCCACAAAACUUGCAGCAGUGGUUUGUCUGGGCUAUUUGUACAAAAAACUCGGAAGAAUUUUGGGCAACAGUUUUGUGGAUACCAUAGGGAAUGUGCUCAAAGCAAUGAAGAAUGCAGAGUCUCAAGGACGGUAUGAGAUCAUGCUAAGUUUGCAAAAUAUAUUGAAAGGUCUGGGAGUUGCUGCAGUUCCAUGUCAUAGAGAUAUUUACAAAGCUGCCCGCUCAUGCUUAACAGAUAGAUCGAUGGCAGUUCGCUGUGCUGCUGCAAAGUGUCUUCUUGAACUUCAGAGUGAAGCAACUUUUAUGUGGAGUACAGAACUGGACAGUGUUGUAACUCUGUGCUUUAAGUCCUUUGAAGGGUCCAAUUAUGAUGUACGAAUUGCUGUUUCUAAGCUUUUAGGCAAUGUGUUGGUUAGUGCUGUAACAUCAAAACAAGGUACAGCAUCGGCCAAACAAAAUAUUCGCAAAAUUUCAUUUGAGGAAGCGUUGGAAUUGCUGGGGACAGGCUUCCUGCGUGGGAGUUCAGGAUUUCUACGAGCCAGUGGUGAUAUACUAAAAGGGACCAGUUCAGUCAGCAGGGAUGUUAGAGUUGGAGUCACACAGGCAUAUGUGGUAUUUAUCUCCACACUAGGAGGUCUGUGGCUUGAAAGGAAUUUCUCAGCCUUGCUUUCCCGUCUUCUAGACCUAGUCGCUCAGUCUCACUCUAAAGCUAUUCAGAGUCAGAUGGAUGUGAUCUGUAGCCGCCGGUGUAUUUCCUUUAUCCUCCGAGCUACUGUAGGAGGCCUUCUUGGGGAGAAAGCUCAAAUUGCAACUGCCAAGGAGAUCUGUCAAACCAUCUGGAAGCUGAAGAAAGUUGUGGACGCUGCAAUUAGUGACUCCAAUGUGGAAACCCGUGUUGGUACUACAGAUGUAAUCGGAAGCCAGCAUAUGCUUAUAUGUGCCCUAGAAGAACUUGGAAACCUCAUGCAUGGCUUAGGCACUACAGCUGCACCAGUGCUGCAAGAUUCUAGUACAGGGGUCUUGGAUGCAGUAAUUUCCAUUAUUCUCCACCCCAGCAUUUCAGUUCAGCUAGCGGCAGCGUGGUGCUUACGCUGCAUUGCUGUAGCAUUGCCUUGCCUUCUCACUCCACUUCUAGAUCGCUGUAUAGAGAGACUUACAGCACUGAAAUCUUCCCCAGAAGCAGUGACUGGUUAUAGCUUUGCUAUUGCUGCUUUGCUGGGAGCAGUAAGGCAGUGUCCUUUGGGAAUUCCUCAUUGCAAAGGAAAGGUCAUCAUGACAGUAGCUGAGGAUUUGUUGCGUUCUGCAUCACAGAAUAGUCGGAUUUCAGUACAACGAAUGCAAUCUGGAUGGCUGCUGAUAGCUGCCUUAAUGACGCUAGGUCCUGCAGUUGUCCAGUACCAUCUCCCAAGAAUGCUGUUACUAUGGAAGUGUGUGUUCCCAUUGUCUCCUAAAGAUUUAGAAACAGAGAAGAGUCGGGGUGAUUCUUUUACCUGGCAAGUGACACUGGAAGGCCGCGCAGGUGCUCUCUGUGCUAUCAAAAGCUUGAUUGUCCAUUGUGGGGGUCUGCUUACCGAUGAAGUCAUUCAGAGUCUGCUACCUCCCCUCCCAUGUGCUGUUGAUUUACUGACCCAGCUUCCUUUAUUAAAUAAAACCUAUGGCAAUCCAUUAAAACCAUCAUCAGUGACAUAUAGGAAAAGACUGUAUGAAUUGCUUACGUUGCUACCUCCCAAGACUUAUGAAGGAUGUUUCUUUGCUCUUCUCAAAGAACUAGUGCCUGAUUUGACUCAGCCUGAUAAUCAGAUGUCAGCUUCUGCUUCUUACCUUCCAUCUCUCUGUCACCAGAAUGAACUCACGUUACUUGGUCCCCUCCUACAAGAAACAGAGCAGAGAUUUAUUGAAGAGCAGCUGCUGUUAGUUAACAGUAUAGCUGGAGGAAGUCUGGAGUAUGACCCAUAUUCAGUUUAUGAGAAAGCUUCAGAAGGUGAUUCAGUGCCUAAACCGCUACCUCCUAUGUUAUCCAUUAUCAAUGCAGCAACCCGUCUCUUUGGAGUAAUAUUUUCCCAUGUAGCAGAGUUACAAAGGCUGCAAGUAUUAGAACAGUUAAUGGCAUCCAUAAAACAAGCCAAAGGAUCACGGCAGCAGAUAGUACAACAAAAUGUUGUAUCUGUCUUUUCUAACUUUCUGAAGCACUUGGCUAAUUGCAAAGGUGAUUUAGGUUCUGAAGAAAUCCAAAAGUGUGCUCUGGCUUUACUGAUGAAUGCCUUGGAAAGUAGUAAUCCACCUUUAAGGUGUUCUGCUGCAGAAUCCCUAGCCAGACUUGCACAGGUAGUUCCUGACAGUGCCUUCACUGCUGGAUUGGCACAAAUUAGCUUUGACAAGCUAAAAUCUGCUAGGGAUGUUAUAUCAAGAGCAGGACAUUCUUUGGCUCUGGGAUCUCUCUAUAGAUAUCUAGGAGGCAUAAACUCUACUCAGCACUUGAAUGCCUGUGUUGGAAUACUUUACACACUAUCUCAGGACAGCACUUCACCUGAAGUACAGACCUGGGCACUGCAUUCCUUGUCACUGGUCAUUGAUUCUGCUGGCCCUCUGUAUCACAUGCAUGUAGAACCUACCCUCUCUCUUGUUCUCAUGUUGUUGUUGACUGUGCCUCCUGCUUAUGCUGAAGUCCAUCAAAGCCUUGGUCGCUGUUUAAAUGCACUUAUCACCACAUUGGGUCCUGAGUUGCAAGGCGGCAGCACUACAGUAUCAGCAUUAAGGGCAUCCUGUCUCCUGGGCUGUGCAGUGAUGCAAGACAAUCCUGAUUAUCUUGUGCAAGCUCACGCCAUCUCAUGCCUUCAGCAACUUCAUAUGUUUGCUCCACGUCAUGUAAACUUAUCUAGCCUCGUAAAGUGCUUAUGUGAGAUCUUGUUGGAAAAUUCUGUGUUGGUGAAUCUCUCUAGUUCAUAUCUGUUGUUGAGGCGAGCAGUCCUAGCUUGUUUGCGGCAGCUUGUGCAGAGAGAGGCAGCCGAAGUAUCUGAGCAUGCUGUUUCCCUUGCUAAAGACAACAGAGAAGACUUUAAUCCAGACAUUAACAUCAGAGAAGUAGGACUUGAAGGAGCAUUGCUGAUUUUACUGGACAAAGAACUGGAUCCCAAACUGUGCCAAGAUAUCAGAGGAACUUUGAUCCAUAUGCUCACAACCAUGGCUGUUGAAAAACUCUCUUUCUGGUUGAAGCUGUGCAAAGAUGUUCUAGCUGCCUCUACUGAUUUCACAACUGUGGCUUCAGUGGAUACCACCCAAGAAGAAGAAGGAGCUCAAGGAGAUGACGACUUAGUAUUCGCCUUGGAAAAUGAUGAAAAAUCACACCCAUUCCCCCAUCCACGAUGGUCUACUAGAGUUUUUGCCGCAGAAUGUGUUUGUAAAAUAAUCAGCCAAUGUGAGAAUGCGGGCGAUGUUCACUUUGACAUAGCGUUGGCACAAGAAAUGAAGCAAAGGGAUUCAAGAGAUGAUUUUCUAGUGUUGCAUUUAGCAGACUUGAUCCGCAUGGCUUUUAUGGCUGCCACUGAUCACAGUGACCGGCUUCGUCUUUCUGGCCUUCAGAUGCUGCUAAUUCUUGUUCGAAAGUUUGCAGCUGUACCAGAGCCAGAGUUUCCUGGUCAUGUAAUUCUGGAGCAAUAUCAAGCAAACGUUGGUGCUGCACUAAGACCAGCUUUUGCUCCAGAAACGCCUCCUGAUGUAACAGCAAAAGCAUGUCAGGUUUGCAGUGCCUGGAUAGCAAGUGGUGUAGUAAGUGACCUUAAUGACCUUCAGAGGGUUCAUCAAUUACUUGUAAUGUCCUUGAACAAAAUACAGAUUGGAAAAGAAGCACAAAAUCAACUGUACAAUGAAGGGACUUCAACUAUGGAGAUACUCGCUGUUUUAAAAGCUUGGUCAGAGGUAUACAUUGCUGCAGUUCAAAGACAGAAGAAACAAAGUGACAUCAAGAGGUCUCCUUUGGUCAUAAACACCACAGACAACAGCUCUAGAGGUCAUGCACCUUCAGCAGAUGAACUCUUAGAGCUAGUCCAAGCAGAUCUGGGGAAUUUGAGCAAACUCUGGCUGGCUGCCCUCCAGGAUUUUGCUCUCUUAACUUUGCCACCAGAAUAUGUCUCUCAGCUACCUGCUGAAGGCGGUGCUUUUUAUACUGCAGAGACAAUGGAAAAUUCAAGGCCACACUAUCAAAACUCCUGGGCUCUGAUUCUCCAUGCUACAGCAUUGUGGCUCACCAGCACAGGUUUCCUUGUAGGUGAUUCUGAUGAGGGUCUAACUAAUCUCUCGCGGCCUGUAACCCCAACUACUAUGUGUCAAGAUUCUACAUCCAGAGCUGCAGUAAAAUCACCUGAGGAUGUGAAUACUGACAGAUUUCAUCUUGUCUUGGGAAUUAGUGUGGAAUUCCUCUGUUCUCCUCGGUCAGAUGCUGCAAUGGAAAAUAUUACUGCUUGUCUACAUGCUCUCCAAGUGCUGCUUGAUGUUCCUUGGCCAAGGUCCAAGAUAGGUGGUGAUCAGGAGCUGAGUGUUGAGCUGCUGAAUGUUCUGCAUCGACUUAUAGUGACCAGAGAAUCCCCCGAUAUUCAACUUGCUGCUCUAGAAGUUGUCUGGCAAAUUCUUUUUGCAGCUCAGGAACAUGUCAAGGAAAAACGGAGAAGUGCAGAAGUGGAUGAUGGAGCUGAAGAAAAGGAAACAUUGCCAGAGUUUGGAGAAGGCAAAGACACAGGAGGCUUGAUUCCUGGAAAGUCCUUAGUCUUUGCAACGCUUGAGAUGUGUGUGUGCAUUCUUGUUAGGCAGUUGCCUCAGCUUAACCCUAAAAUAACAGGUAGUCCUGGAAUUACAGCUGGAAAACCUCAGUUGUUAUCAGAGAAUGGAAGUAAACUGGUAUCAGCAGCAUUAGCUAUCCUCUCGGAUGUUCCUGCAGUCUGCUCACCAGAAGGAAGCAUUGCUGUUCUUCCUACUAUCUUGUAUCUGAUUAUUGGAGUCCUUAGAGAGACUGCUGUGAAAUUACCCAGUCGCCAGUUAUCCUUGACUGCAGCUGCAUCAUUGCAAGCUCUUAAAGGAGUUCUGUCUUCUCCCAUGGCUCGGGCAGAGAAGAGCCGGACCGCUUGGAAUGAAUUACUCCGUAGUGCUUUGGUUACUAUUCUUGACUUUUGGGAUUCAGAAGGUCCUCAUCAAGAAUUGGAUGAAGGAAGUCUGCUUACUGCAAUUACAAUAUUUAUUUUGUCUACAAGUCCAGAAGUAACUACCAUGGAGUGCCUUCAGAUGUCUUGCACUGAAAAAUUUAAAUUAGCACUGGAAUCAAAAGAUCCUAUUGUACAGCUUAAAUGUUACCAGCUGCUUCUUACCAUCUUUCAGUAUCCGAACCCAGCUAUCUCAUAUCCUUACAUUCACUCAUUAGUAUCAUCAAUUGUGGGCAAACUGCAAGAAGCAGAGAAAUCUAAACCUGAGAAUGCUGCUGAACUCCAAGUUAUUCAGGAAGGAAUAAAAGUGGUGGCUGCUGUUAUAGCUGUUGCCAAGGAAGAACAUCGUACUGACCUAGUGGCUUGUUUUCUACCCAUGCUGAUUUCAUUUCUCUUGGAUGAGAAUGCCCUUGGAUCAGCCACAAGUUCAGCACGGAAUCUACACGAGUUUGCUUUGCAGUAUCUGAUGCAGAUUGGCCCACAGUAUUCCUCAGUCUUUAAAAAACUAAUGGCUUCUUCUCCACCAAUGAAGGCGAGGCUUGAAUUGGCUGUGAAGGGCAAUCAGGAAAGCAUCAAAGACAAGGCAACAUCUAAGCAUGCAAAGACUCCUGGGAAAAGUUCAAGUAUUCAAUUAAAGACCAACUUUCUGUGAAUUUUUUUAAUCCUAAGCACUUUGAUAACACUAGAAUAAGUCCCUUUCCAUUUCUCACUGUUUUCAUUAUGGAAGAUUUGUUUCCAACAUCACCAUUUUGCAAACUGGCACAUUAUGCCACCACUUCCGAGGAGUAUAUGCAUGUACUUGUGCUUGCAUACUAACUGAUCAGAUGGUUGGCUCCCCUAUUGUGCUUAAAGCCAAGGGUAUUCAGUGUGGAAAGUAGAAUGCAGCACCUAUUUGCAUUCAUAGUUCACAGUCCAGAAGAGAUGCCUCUUGCUUGAGUAGGACAUACACUUUUAUUUUUAAAAAGAAAACAGAACUAUAAUGUUACCUUCUCCAUUUUUCUUUCUCAACACACAAUAAUGUUGUGAGUAAAAUGCAACAAAAUUAGAUGUGUAAACUCUCAAACAGUAUUACAUUAUUUAUGUGACACUUGGAUGGUAGCACAAAUGAAUGGAAAGAAAAUAAUGCCAAUCAUCCACCAGCACAUGUGUGCCCAGAACCAUAUGUACAUCUGGCUUUCUUGCUUUUGGUGUAGCUGCUCUCAGUGUGCAAAUAGAGCAGUGUCAAGAUUAGCACGAGAGCUGCCCCAGAAAAAAUCUGAAAGAAUUGUUCAGUGCAUAUUCAUUGUUGGCUCCCAUGGAGUGCGAUGAAUGCCAUGAAAAUUCUCCCUUUCUCUUAUUGCAGUUAAUGGCACAGAAUGUAUAACUAGCUGCACUGAGAGCACUGCAAGGAUACAUGGCAUGGUUUUUCCAUUCCAAGGGACACCUGAGU